GGGAUUUUGGGCUGUGUGUAGGGGUAGAGGUGCCAGGCCGACCAGACAGACACUGAUCCUUUCAGACCAAAUGGGAAGACCGACCAAAUCACGGUGGGUUUGACUCCCUUUCUUCGGUGUUUGUCAACAACAAGAGUUCACACGGACGUCUGCUAGAGUUUGAUGAAGAGACAGUCUGCGUGGCGGGGGUGAUCAUGAAUUCCACUUCUCCUCCUCCAGUGUUUGUUCGUGUCAGCGAGCGAGACUUGACAGAGAUUGAGCUCUAUUCGGUAGACUCCAUCAAUGACCUGCACCGCACACACUCUGAACAGCACAGCAAAGGUGUUCAGCCUCCUCGUCCACCUCCUCCUUCCACCAACGGGAACCUUCAGAUGCAAGAUCGGCCAGUCGUCUAUCAAACCGGUCAGGCAGAUAGAAGGCCCUGUGUGAGCAGACUGAACCACAUCUGCAAUUCCUCCCGGCGGCACUAUUUCUUAGCAUGUGCAGUCAUCACAGCGUUCCUCCUGACUCUUAUUCUUAUCUUUAGUUUUCUAGUCCAGCAGAGCAGGGCUCUCCACAUACUUACAGAGAUGGUGAAACAGGAACGGGAAACAGUUAAAGGCAUCGCUCAGCUCUUAAAACUGCACAUUAACCUCACAGAGCAGCGACCAUAACAUACAAACACAAACCCACAGCGAGGACGCUGUACUGCACGGAGAGAGGAGCACUAAUUACGAAUCUACUGCUGAACAAGAACUGUCUCUGUCAUUAAGGUUUAUUUCACUGGAUCUUAAACAGUCGGCUCAAGAACAUUCAAUUCAUUGGUUUAUUUGUGUGCAGGGUAACUGAACAAUAGUAGUAAUGGGUUUUUCACUACUUGUACACUUUUUGGCAACUUUCUACAGUAGUUUCACCACAGCAGAUGACAAUAUAAAACAACUAGGAAAUACUAAAAGACUAUCAAUAAUCUUACCCGUACAUUAUCACUACAUCAAAUGGUAUUUUGUGAUAUUACAUGCUUGAUAAAGGACGUUUUAAAUAAGCAAGCACAUCCACUAUUGUGAGUGAUUGCAGAACGACUGUAAAUAAUUAUAUAGACCACGAUGUUCUGUUUGAUAAGCAAAAAUAUUAAAAUAAACAAAAGAAUUCUGACACUAUAAACAUUUUCUUCACAGGAAACUGAUUUUUAACAAUAACCGAUAACUUUAAAAGACAGAUUCGUUGUGAACUCCAGGAUGUUAUUUGAUUGUGUGUUUCUUGUCUAAACAAUUUGUUUGCAUGAAUCCAACUUCUAAAACAGUAGUGUAAUUUGUGUAAAAAAACUACAUUCAAUUCAUCCAAUCAGAGAACUGCAGUGUGAGCCAGUAUCCGCCGGUUAAGUGUGACAUCAUGCGAAGCGGCUUCCGAGUCCAAGCACUCUAUCAAACUGUAUGGGCAGACUCAACAAAUGGUAUUAAUAAACACUUACAAAGCUAUGCAAUACUUUUGAAAAUCACAAUCACACACUAUAUAUUUAUAUA